CUGGCGUCCCCAGCCCCUCCCCAACCUCAUUACGCACCACGGGUGAACUCGAUGAGGAUCAUUAGCGCGCACGGUUUCCGUUUAGCAAACUCACUCCCUCGGCAGUCGUCCCAGUCAAACCCGUUUCUGUGGCAGCGACAGUGACUUCCCCCUCCCGUCGUCCCUGUUUGAUGACUUUUUGGACUGCCGAGCUUCAGAUUAUGUCUUUCGACCUGUUCAAACUCUCCAAGCAAGACAGACGCGUGUUCCGAACAGCAGCAACGUUAUAUUGACCUCUGUUUAUUUGAUUUUUUUUUAAGUGUUAAAGCAGAGCAGAUGGACCAGGUAUCCAACCGGUCCGGACUGGGCAGUGUCGACAUUACUGAUGAGUCCGUGUCCCUGGCGGAUGUAAGGUGGAGCUCCGAUGAAGACGAGAGCUCUGAUCCUCAGGGACAGUGUCUGGCCGCACCUCAAACUCCCCUGCCCACCUACAAGCUGAGGUUUGAUGAGUUUAAGAAGUUGUUCAAAGAGCUGCCAGAGUCAGAGAGGCUCAUAGUGGACUACCCAUGCGCCCUCCAGCGGGAAAUCCUCCUUCAGGGACGCCUCUACCUGUCGGAGAAUUGGCUCUGUUUCUACAGCAACGUGUUCCGGGGUACGAAGAUUACACUGACUCUGAAAGACAUCACGACUAUGAGCAGAGAGAAAACCGCCCGGCUGAUCCCCAAUGCGAUCCAGGUCUGCGUGAGCUCAGAGAAGUUCUUCUUCACAUCCUUCUCCGGGAGGGAGAAAAGCUACCAGACUGUUUUCCGCAUGUGGCAGAACACACUGUUGGACAAGCCUCUGACCAACUCUGAGUUUUGGCAGAUGGUUAAACAGCACUACGGGCAGGAUCUGGGCCUGAGCCAUGAGGAGAUGGAGAGCUUACAGAUAUCGCCAGAUUCCAGCAUGCAAACCAGCCUGACCGCGAGACCUGGUGGUGGUGAUGAGGGUCCGGGGAGACUGGAGCGGCCCUCCUCCCUCCGCCUGCCCGUGGUGGAGCAAGGACCUUCGGAGACCUCCACACCUCAGGGGGAAGACGUGCCUUCCCCUCUUGGCUCACAAAACUCCGCCAACACGGAUGACUCUCGCAACACCCCUUCUCAGCGCCGCAGUCCUGCCCCCUUGCUGGAGCGUGGGGCGCCAGAUCGUGUUUCCAAGCGCUCCACGCUUGCGCUCGACCUCAAUGCCAAUGAGAAUGGUGUUUCUGAGCAGAGCGGUUCAGAGAGCAUCGAAGAAGUGGAGGAACAAGUGAGCCGGUCCCAGAUGCAGGGUCGACUCUACUUAAACAAGGUCUUCCACAUCAGCGCCCACAAGAUGUUUGAGCUGCUCUUCACUGACUCCAGCUUCGUCCGCAGGUUUAUGAACUGCAGGAAGAUGACCAACUCCAGCUUCAGUGCUUGGCAAAAAGAUGCCUCGGGAAACAUGAAAAGGAGCCUGAACUACACAAUUACCAUCAGCAACCCUCUGAUCGGCAAGUUCUCCACCGCUACAGAGAACCAGACGCUGUACAAAGAAUCCAGGGAUGGUCAGUAUUACCUUGUGGACGCCGAGGUGUACACUCAUGACGUUCCCUAUCACGAUUACUUCUACACUCACAACCGAUACUGCAUCGUUAGUACCUCGAAGCGGAAGUGUCGGCUAAGGGUCUGCACCGAUGUGAAGUACAAGAAGCAGCCCUGGGGCCUGGUCAAGUCCUUCAUCACCAAAAACUCCUGGAGCGGCAUAGAAGAUUAUUUCAGACAGCUCGAGGCGGAACUGCUGGAGGAGGAAGCAGAGUUGAAUCAAGGAGGCGCCGACUCUGGGAAGAUGGGCGGUCUCCGGAGGAGGAGGCGAACCUACAGCAGGACCCUGCCAGAGCACAUGAAGCCCAACAAGCAGUACGGGCCGGACCCGGAGCAGCACAGAGAUGGCAACAUGGGCCCCAUAGAAAUGAAAGGCGCUCACAGAUGGAACACCACCACCAUAGUAGCUGGGAUGAGUCUGAUUUUGUUUAUUCUGACCGUGCUGAAUCUGGGCCUGUUUUUCAAGUUGUGGGCCAUGGAGGACGUAGCCCACCGCAUGUACCUGAGCACGAAGCACCGGCUGAGGGAGAGGAGCGAGGCCAGCUUGCCCCCUGAACAUGGUUCCAGACCUGGGCACAGGACCACAGAGGAGAUGUACCUACUAAAGACUGUACUGCAGGACUCCAUCAACCUCUUAGAGCAGCUCCGCAGCUCUCUCGUGGCGCUGCAACAAAACUUUGCCAUGGCCAAUCAAACGGCAGAGCCGCAGUGACGCUGUGCAUCCCCCUGGCCCUGUACAGGAAAGAAAGGACUGCAGCACUUAACUGCCUCUGAUGUUGCCUUCUAGACGUCCCCAGACCAUGUUGCCAGGGGUUACGCGUCCCGAAGCCUGAGGUGGGGCAUCAGGUGCCAAUAUGUUUCAAAGGCUGCGGAACGACUGCUUGAAGGACAAGGUUAUAUCAGGGUCGGCCACAGGUGGAGCAGUGGGUUUAGAGUCUUGUAAGGUGCUAUUGUCAGCUCCCAUGGCUACUACUACUACUAAGACAACUAUCAUUGGAUCCCAGAAAAGUCUUUGCUUAAGUUUCCUGACUGUAUUCUGACAAACCUCACGCCACACCAGAUGAACUAUUUGUAAAUAAUAUUGAUCCACAAUUACAAUAUUGCCCAUAUUUUAAUAUUUGCACAAGUGCCUUGUAGAUUAGGCUUUGUCUUAAAAUGCUUUUUUAGAUUCUUAUUUUUUCUUUUUAUAAAUGUAAACUGCAGGGAUGGCUGCAACCUUAAAGGUACGUUUGACAACAAGCAGAAAGAUAAACUGCUCUGAAUUUUAUAACGCUGUAUAUGAGCCAAAUCUGGUGUGCAGACAAUGUGGCUGAUAGAGGGUCACAUAUUUAAUACAUAUUUUAUUAAUUUAUAGCUCUGUUCUGGGCCAAUUAAAGGGAGUACUGUGCAAACUAAGCAGUCCAAACACUGGUGAAAUGUUUGUAAUAUUUGCUUUAUCUGUCUACUGUAUGUGGAUAAUCACUCUUGUUUGUAUUGUAUUUCUCUCUCCAGCUCAGGGUCAGUGGGUCAACCUCGGUUUAUGUAAUACAACGUACUGUUAUCUGGUACUGUACAUUCAAUCUGUCAACACCAAGUUUUAGUCUUUCCAACAUUGACAUGAACACUACCCCGCUCCUUCUUGUUCACUUAUUAGUGACACAACUACAAAUCCAUUGAGCCUUGUUUGAUGUUUACAGUGUUGCCCAACCACUUUCUAACUAUUUCUUUACGCCAUCACUUGUUUCUGUUUUGUACAUUUUACACAGAAGCUUAUUGCAAUGCACUGUGGAAAUAAACACGAUCUAUUAAUUA